UGACGUCUUUCGACAUGCACAUGGGUCCCGAAUACCCAAACGCUUCCUGUCCCAUUGGGAUCGGGGGCAACAGAAGUUCGUGGUUCCCAACGGACUGCCGCCCAUGGAACCCCGCCCCCUUUGGGGGAAGGGGUACGUUGCCAAAGGACUGCUCGGAGGGAACAAAGUUGGGGUGCCUCUUCCGCAUUUCGGACGAUCCGACUGAGCACCGCGACCUGAACGAUCCAGGAGCCGGCGGGGACGUGGAGGCGGCCAUCAGCGUCGGGAUGCGCCGCCGGCUCGACGAGCUCAACAGGGGCUACUUUGAGCCCUGGCGUGGCUGCCACCGCUCCGAGUACUGCAAUGCCACCGUCAACUUCUGGAGCAAGGCGGUCGACUUCCCCUUCUCUGGCCCGUUCAAGAGUGCGCGAGCACCAGCGCCCACCGGC